GUUGGCAUUUCACCCGGACACACGCAUUCGCAGACUACACUAUUGGCAGGGUCGAGGAUUAGUUCCCUUUGCGAGUCCGUAGCGGACGGGUGAGACGCGGAAAGAUGUCGCCUACUCUUCUAGAAGCCAACAGUUUAUGGACAGAUUGGAGCGAUUGGUUUCCACCAAUGUGGCUGCUGUUGGUUGCUACCUUAGUUUUUUACUACUGGACGUGGAGUCAAUCAAGAGUUGUCCGUCUCAUCAACGCCAUACCCGGACCGAAAUCCCUGCCAAUCUUGGGCAAUAUUCUAGAUUUGGAUGUUUACAACGACAAUUUUUUGAAAAUGACGACAAUUGACUGGGUUCAAAAGUACGGACCAAUGUAUCGCGUCUGGCUGUGCACUCGACCUUUUAUAGCCCUUUCGUCUCCGGAACUAGUACAAAAAAUAUUAGCAAGCACUAAACUCAUCACGAAAUCACCCGAUUACUCAAAUUUCAGUAGUUGGCUUGGAAACUGCAUGUUCACAUCAACAGGUGUACAUUGGAAAAAUCGUCGUCGGCUGGUAACACCAGGAUUCCACUUUCAGAACCAUACCAGUUUCAUCGACAUAUUCAACGAAAAAAGUGCGGAAUGCGCUAGAGAAUUUGAAAGAACAAUCGACACUAACGGCGAUGUCGAGAUCGACGUUAACCCCUUCAUGGCCAAAUGCGCAUUAAACAUUAUCUGCGAAACCGCAAUGGGACAGCAAACAAGGAUCGAAGUGGAAAAGGCGAUUUACGUUAAUAACGUUCACAGAAUUUGUCAGAUUUUUGUGGAACGUGUUAGUCGACCUUGGCUAUCCAUCGACUGGAUUUACAAGUUCAGUUCAUUGGGCCGUGAAAGUCAAAAGUGUAUCAGCUCUCUCCAUGCCUUCACCAAUAAGGUGACACGAGAUCGACGUGAAAUGCUAAAAGAGGAAGAACAGCAUCGUGGUAAUGUGCAAAAUAAAGUAAUGGAUGUCGAAAAAGAAUCAAAGAGGAGAUUUGCUUUCGUGGAUGAACUUAUAAAAGCAUCAAACGAAGGGGCUGAUCUCAACGACAACGGAAUUCGAGAAGAAAUUGAUUUAAUCACGUUCGCGGGAUACGAUACAACAUCAGCGGCUAUGGUUUGGUUUCUUCAUCUCAUGGCAAAACAUCCAGAGCAUCAGCAACUGAUUUUGGACGAAUUAGAUGGGAUUUUUGGCGGUGAUGUAGAGCGCCCUUGCACAACUCAGGAUAUUGCUGAACUCAAAUACUUGGAAUGUUGUAUCAAAGAAGCUCUGAGGAUGUAUCCUAGCAUACCGUUCGUCAUGCGGAAUUUGACGGAAGAUGUGGAAAUAGAUGGACACACAUUGCCAGCCGGCGUAACGGUCGCAAUGGUAUUUUACGCAAUCCAUCACAAUCCCCUAAUUUAUCCGGAUCCGGAAGUUUUCAGGCCGGAACGUUUUUUCCCGGAGAACAGCGUUGGCCGACACCCAUACGCUUUUAUCCCGUUUAGCGCAGGACCACGUAAUUGCAUUGGUCAAAAAUACGCCAUGCUGGAACUCAAAGUAGUUUUUGCCAAUCUCUUACGCAAAGUGAAGUUUUCCGUUCCUGAUCCUACAAAACCUUUGUCCGACGCUCCCGAUUUAGGAUUCGUGUUAAAGCCCAAACAUGGUGUUCGACUCCAUUUAUCAAAACGAUUGAAUAAAGCAUAAACUAUCCCAUUCCAAUUUUAAAAAAUGUUUAAAGAAUUAUUUGUACAUUUCAAAGAAUUGUCCAUUACGUGAUAAACAGCACUGUCAGAAAUUGGUGGAAGGCAAGUAAUCAACUACGGUACAACAAACAAAUCA